GGCAAUCAGAUGGCAGCCGAGAGCCAUCACAACACAGAGAAUUCAAGGUGAAGGUCACAGCGAGCGGUCACUGGCACAUAAUUCGCACAGUGAUCAGCGCUUUCAGCGACAAUCAAUGGUUAUCCUCAUGCCGGCAAGAUGGUCAUGUGAAGCAGAAUACGUUCUUGCAGGUUGUCAACAAGACCAGGUUGACCGCAUUCCUGACUCCGUUCAUGCCACUGGAGGCUCGAAGGAACCGCCAUUGGCAUAAGUCGCGCGUUCUGCUAAUUGGCAGCGCUAGAGCGACACCCGAAAGGAACAAGGGUACGACGCACUACACUCAUUACAUGCGGUAACACCUAUCCCAAGCGCAGGGCGGCGGGAAAAGCUGAGCGUUGAGCUUUGAGCAUGCUCCCAUCGAUUCCACAGCCGUCUGCACCUGACUCGGUCGGCUGGCGCUUUCUGUCGAGCUUCAAGUCGCUCGCGCGGUCGCAGCGGGAUGCGCUGUUCAACAUCACCCAGCUAAACUCUCGCAAUGCAUCUUCUUUAUCGGCAGCAGCGGCUUCGUCCAAGACCAGCUUCGCCGACGCGGGUAGCUCGGCGCUGAAACAGAUCCAGAAUGCCGCGAUGAGCAUCGGCAGCGCUGGCGCCGCACCGCCAAUCUCAUCUGCUCUGAGCGCAGCUCACGGCGCCAUAGCCUUUCGGCCCGUUGGCCACGCAGCAACAGCAGCUGCGUCCUCCGCGUUUAGCGCCGCAUCGACCAUCGCGGAGAAGCAGCAGACAGAGGGAACGGAAGAUGACACUCUGGGGUCCAUCAUGUUCUGGGGCAUGCCACCUGGCUACUCGCCGUGGGGGUUUGCCACCAGUCGCUAUGCCGUCGCACUUGUUCUAACAACGGUUCUUAUCAACCGAAUACAUGCAGUCUGUCGACCACGAGGUCGCCCAGUUCGCAUCCGCGGUUGGCGGCGCCUGCUCGUCCGCAUGCCGUCCUUGCUGAUGCUGAGUCAUAGCCUCUUGAUGGUUAGCUUCUUGUGCAUCGCCUUGGUCCAGGCGCAUGCGGGUGCGUUGCCACCGGAGGCAUAUGUCGCAAGCAUGAACAAGCUCACGUGGAGCUAUCUGUUCAACUCGGGACCGUGGUCCGCGAGCGGCAUCCCUCUCGGCGUGCAGGAUCGCACAAAGGAAAUCUUCUGGACGACCUUCAUCGCCGCAUCAGCCAAUCAAGUCACCGAGACUGUUCUCGCGAGCUUGGAGUGCAGGAGGGAUGAGAUACCAGCCUUGAAUCUGUUUACGCUGGCACUUCUUCUUGCGGACGGGUCUCCUUCCAAGCACGCCGCGCUGGUCGUAUGGUUCCAGAUGGUGGAGAUAUGGUGCCUUGCCAUUGCAGGCGCUUGGCGAAGAUUAUCCAAGAUGACAUUGCCCAUCACAACCAUUUUUGGCGUUGCAAGCAUGGUCCACUACAUGCUCGCUGCAAGAUCGGGGAGCUAUCCCUUCAUCCAAGGCAUCAAUCGCUCCCCGGACGUCGGGCUGCUCAUCAUAAUCGCCGCCACAGCAGCGCUGCACGCAAUCACCAUGCUGCUGACAGAAAAUCAGAUCACCUGGCGCCGCCUCGUUCCUGGCCGACCAAGCAUGCCACUACUGACCGACGAGUUUUCCAUCGCGCUCUUCAAAUGGGGAACAGCCUGUCUCGAAACGAGCGCCAUCUCGAAUGGCUUUUCGAUGGAGUUCGCGAUCAUCACCCUGGCGCAAAAGACGCGGGUCGAGCUGUCGGACGACGGUGAGACACAGGUCAUUGAAAAUCCAUUCCAUGAUUUUAUCGAACCCCCCCGCUCGAGGAGAGGUAUAGAUGUCGAAAUCAAGGAUAUUCGGGCAAGGGCAUCACAGCGCGGCGUGAGCAGCUACAUUGUAAUGGGGCGCCCUCGGUACAAGGCGAUUGGGCGCUUCUUUCAGACAGUAUCGCUCCACGCUGCCAUCUUUUGCGGUAUGCAGUGGCAACGUCUACGCAGUCGCUUGCCGAGAUACUCGUUCCCACCGUGGGUAUUCCGCUUCGCCAGAACAGUUCGCUUGUUCUGGCACGGGAGCAACGGAGAGGUGCGGAGACAACGUCGUCUUGCCGAGCAGCACGUGCGCGCAAACAGGAACAGAGUGGGCCCAGGCCGGGACAACAGGAGCAGCGAAGCUACGCAGAGUGCAUUGACAAAUCUUUUGCGCGAUCGCGCAAGGAACGCCUUGUCGACAUCCAGAGACUACGACAUCGCGGGCGUGCCGGAUUGGCGUGAUAUUCUCUCGCCUUCAGCGCCCUUGCAAGCCGAUCUCGAUGAUGACCCGGCGGCGUCGACCACCGAAGCCCAAAUCGGUUCUGAGAUGUGGGAAUGGCUACCCGAUGAAGAUGAGUCGGACGACAGCAGCGGCGAUGAUUCGGAAAGUGGCACGGGUAGCGAGGCAGCAGCAGCAGCAUUUCCGGACUGCGCUUACCAAGACCUUGUCACUUUAGAUCCGAACGAGUCGCAGUCCCUCUUAGAUCUGGCGCGCAUCACCUACCGGCCUGAUGCUAGCAUCUCGCCAGAAGGCACAGCGGACUUUGGCAGUGUCAUGGUUGCGCAUCUGGCCAAUUCUAGUUCAAGGCCGCUGACACGUAGCGCGUAUCGCGCAAGGAUGGGCGGACAGGCAGACGCAGACCGCUUAGUCGAAUUGGAUCAAGAUCGCAUGCUUAUUGAGACGAUUCGCGCCCGUCGUCGCACGGAUCUUCCAUCGGAAGCAAGUCAUCCCUGCGCCAUUUGCUGUUACGAAGAGCGCACGAUCCUGCUCUGGCCGUGCCGCUGCUUGAAUAUGUGUGAAGAGUGCCGGCAGAGCAUCUCUGCGCAGCCUGUGAGAGGCAAGCACACUUGUCCGACUUGCCGAGCCGAGGUGCAAGGCUUCUCUCGCAUCUACCGCCCUUGAUGAACUCGACUCAAUUUGUGGCCAUUGCGAACUUCCGCAGGCAUUUCAGAAGAAUCUACAUACCACUUCCAAUUGCAUUUGCAUAUACAUAUUC